AUGCCAUUUUUCUGUAGCAUUGCUGUUUACAAGGCAUUGUAUAAGAGCUUUGGGGGCUUUGCUGCGGAUGUUGUAGCUGCCAUUGAUCAGGCAGCUCAGGACAGAGUGGACAUAAUAAGCUUGUCAAUCACUCCAAACAGGCGCCCUCCCGGCAUUGCAACCUUCUUUAAUCCCAUAGAUAUGGCCUUGCUGUCAGCUAUAAAGCUUGGUAUUUUUGUAGUGCAAGCCGCAGGCAAUACUGGACCAUCCCCUAAGAGCAUUUCGUCCUUCAGUCCAUGGAUCUUCACUGUUGGGGCUGCUGCUGAUGAUAGGGUCUAUAGCAACUCUAUAGUCCUUGGAAACAAUGUCACCAUUCCUGGAGUUGGACUUGCACCUGGAACAGAUAAUACUAUGUACACACUGGUUUCUGCCCUCCAUGCUUUGAAUGACACUACAUCUGUGAAGGACAUGUACGUGGGUGAAUGCCAGGACUCUAAUUAUUUUAGUCAGGACAUUGUCCAAGGGAAUCUUUUAAUCUGUAGCUACUCAAUCCGGUUCGUUCUUGGACUCUCCACCAUCAAACAGGCCUUAGAAACAGCCAAAAACCUAAGUGCAGCUGGUGUUGUGUUCUACAUGGAUCCUUUUGUCAUCGGCUUUCAGAUUAAUCCAGUUCCAAUGAGAUUGCCUGGCAUUAUAAUUCCAUCCCCUGAUGAUUCCAAGAUCUUACUUCAAUACUACAAUUCUUCCUUGGUGAGAGAUGAACUUGCAAAGAAAAUUGUUAAGUUUGGGGCAGUUGCAUGCAUUUCAGGUGGAAUAAAAGCUAACUUCAGCCAUUCUGCUCCAAAGAUAAUGUAUUACUCUGCCAGAGGACCAGAUCCAGAAGACAGUUUUCUUGACGAUGCUGAGAUAUUGAAACCAAAUAUAGUUGCUCCGGGGAAUUUUAUUUGGGCUGCUUGGAGUUCCCGUGGCACUGACUCUGUUGAAUUCCAAGAUGAGGCCUUUGCAAUGAUGUCUGGGACAAGCAUGGCUGCUCCUCAUGUUGCUGGGCUCGCAGCCUUGAUUAAGCAGAAGUUUCCCACAUUCAGUCCUUCAGCCGUUGGAUCUGCGCUUUCCACAACAGCUUCUCUAUAUGAAAGGAAUGGGGGACCUAUAAUGGCCCAGCGGGCUUACACCAACCCAGAUUUAAACCAAUCUCCUGCAACAGCCUUUGACAUGGGAAGUGGUUUUGUGAAUGCAACUGCAGCAUUAGAUCCUGGUCUUAUUUUUGAUAUGAGCUAUGUUGACUACAUGUCUUUCCUCUGUGGCAUAAAUGGUUCGGCCCCCAUUGUUCUAAAUUACACUGGUCAGAGCUGUGGAGUUUCUACCAUGAACGGUACAGAUCUGAACUUGCCUUCAAUCACAAUAGCAAAACUGAACCAGUCUAGGAUGGUCCAAAGAACAGUGACCAACAUUGCCUGCAAUGAGACAUACAGUGUUGGCUGGAGUGCUCCUUAUGGAGCUUCUAUAAAGGUGACACCAACUCACUUUUUUGUAGCUAGUGGGGAGAAACAGGUAUUGAGUGCAUUCUUUAACGCAACAAUGAACAGCUCUGUUGCAAGCUUUGGAAGAAUAGGACUCUUUGGAAAUCAAGGUCACAUUCUCAGCAUUCCUUUGUCAGUCAUUACUAAAAUCUCGUAUAACAUGACUAAUAACUGAUGUCUCGGUGCUGAUAAUUUCUUUCUUCCUUUUUGGUUUUUUGUUUUACAUUUUAUUUUUUUAUUUUAUUUUUUUUUUGAUU